AUGGCCGAGGGGAGCUGGCCUCUGGAGUUCAAAUGGAUCCACAACAGCACGGAGCUGACGCGCUUCUCGCUGGAGUACAGGUACCUCAUCCCCUCGCUGGACCGCUCCCAUGCUGGCUUCUACCGCUGCAUCGUGAGGAAUCGGGUGGGGGCCCUUCUGCAGAGGCGCACAGAAGUACAGGUGGCCUUUAUGGGCAGUUUUGAGGAGGGCGAGCGCACCCAGUCAGUCUCUCAGGGGGAGGGCGGCGUCAUCCCCGGCGCCGCGCAUCCGCAGCUUCCCCAGCCGCAGGUCACCUGGUUCAGAGACGGGCGCAAGAUUCCCCCCAGCAGUCGCAUCGCCAUCACUCUGGACAACACGCUGGUUAUUCUGUCGACGGUGGCGCCGGACGCCGGCCGCUACUACGUCCAGGCGGUGAAUGACAAGAACGGAGAGAACAAGACCAGCCAGCCCAUCACCUUGUCAGUAGAGAAUGUGGGAGGUCCAGCAGACCCCAUCGCCCCGACCAUCAUCAUCCCUCCCAGGAACACCAGCGUUGUCACGGGCACCUCGGAGGUCACGGUGGAGUGUGUCGCCAACGCCAGGCCUCUGAUCAAGCUGAGCAUCUCGUGGCGUAAGAACGGCGUGUUGGUGACCAGCGGCUUGAGCGACUUCAACCGCAGGCUGACCGUCCUCAGUCCCGUGGUGAGCGACGCCGGCUUCUACGAGUGCGAGGCCGUUCUCCGCAGCAGCAGCGUGCCCUCGGUCAGCGCCGGGGCGCAUGUGCAUGUGCUCGAACCCCCGCAGUUUAUUAAGGAACCGGAGAAGCACAUCACAGCGGAGAUGGAGAAGGUGGUGGACAUUCCCUGCCAGGCACGAGGAGUGCCCCAGCCUGACAUUGUGUGGUACAAGGACGCUUUGCCCAUCAACCCGGUGAAGAUGCCCAGGUACAGGGUGCUGGUGGGAGGCAGCCUGCAGGUGAACGGCCUCCUGCCCGACGACACCGGGAUGUUCCAGUGCUUUGCCAGAAAUCCGGCAGGAGAGGUUCAGACCAACACAUACCUGGCUGUUACCAGCAUUGCCCCAAAUAUCACCGCCGGACCCUCAGACAGCACUGUGAUCGACGGCAUGUCAGUCAUCCUGCACUGCGAGACCUCUGGAGCUCCGAGACCGGCUAUCACCUGGCAGAAAGGUGAGCGUGUGUUGGCGAGCGGUUCGGUGCAGCUGCCCAGGUUCACCCUGCUGGAGUCGGGCAGCCUGCUCAUCUCCCCGUCGCACAUCUCCGACGCCGGGACGUACACGUGCAUGGCGAGCAACUCCCGGGGCAUCGACGAGGCGGCCGCCGACCUCGUGGUCUGGGCUCGCACCAGGAUAACCACGCCCCCGCAGGACCAGAGCGUUAUCAAAGGAACUAAAGCCAUCAUGACCUGCGGGGUCACACACGACCCCAGCGUAACAGUCAGGCACGUCUGGGAGAAAGAGGGCUCGGUCGUCAACGUGCUGUCCAUCCCCCGCAUGCGGCUGGAGGCGGACGGCACCCUCCACAUCUCCCAAACCUGGUCGGGCGACAUCGGCACGUACACCUGCAGAGUGACCUCCGUCGGAGGCAACGACUCCCGCAGCGCCCACCUCCGGGUCAGGCAGCUGCCUCACGCUCCGGAGAACCCGACGGCCGUGCUGAGCGCGUCGGAGAAGAGAGCCAUCGACCUGGCCUGGGCCAAGCCUUUCGAUGGCAACAGCCCCCUCGUCCGCUACGUCCUGGAGGUUUCGGAGAACAACGCCCCCUGGGCCAUCCUGCUGGCCAACAUCGAGCCGCAGUCCGUCGCGGUGACGGUCAACGGCUUGAUCCCGGCGCGCUCCUAUCAGUUCCGCCUCUGUGCCGUUAACGACGUGGGGAAGGGGCAGUUCAGCAAGGAGACCGAGCGUGUCUCUCUCCCAGAGGAGCCCCCCAGUGCUGCUCCUCAAAACGUCAUCGCUAGCGGCCGGACCAACCAGUCCAUCAUGAUCCAGUGGCAGCCUCCGCCGGAGAGCCACCAGAACGGCAUCCUGAGGGGCUACACCGUCAGAUACCGUCUGACCGGGCUGCCUGUGGACUACCAGAUGAAGAACAUUUCCAGUCCCGAUGUGACCAACCUGCUGCUGGAGGACCUCAUCAUCUGGACUAACUAUGAGAUUGAGGUGGCGGCCUACAACGGGGCGGGUCUGGGCACCUUCAGCCAUAAAGUCACCGAGUGGACUCUGCAGGGCGUACCCACCGUCGCCCCCGGCAACGUGCAGGCCGAGUCGGUCAACUCGACGACCAUCCGCUUCACGUGGACGGCGCCGAACCCUCAGUUCAUCAACGGCAUCAACCAGGGCUACAAGUUGCUGGCCUGGGAGCCCGGCAGAGACGACGACGUCGCCAUGGUGACGGCGCGACCGAACUUUCAGGACAGCGUCCACGUGGGAUACGUGACGGGCCUGAAGAAGUUCACAGAGUAUUACACCUCCGUGCUGUGUUUCACCACGCCGGGAGACGGCCCCCGCAGCCCGCCCAAGGCGUUGAGGACGCACGAGGACACCCCCGGUGCCGUGGGUCACCUGAGCUUCACCGAGAUCCUGGACACCUCGCUCAAAGUCAGCUGGAGUGAGCCCGGCGAGAAGAACGGCGUCCUCACAGGUUACCGCAUUUCGUGGGAGGAGUUCAACCGAACGAACACCAGGGUCACCCACUACCUGCCCAACGUCACCUGGGAGUACCGGGUCACGGGACUCACCGCUCUCACCACCUACACCAUCGAAGUGGCCGGGAUGACCUCCAAAGGACAGGGCCAGCUGUCCUCCUCCACCAUCUCCUCCGGCGUCCCGCCAGAGCUUCCUGGCCCCCCGACCAACGUGGCAAUUUCCAACAUCGGCCCGCGCUCCGUCACCCUGCAGUUCAAACCUGGCUACGACGGGAAAACUUCCAUUUCCCGUUGGCAGGUGGAGGCUCAGGUGGGUGUGGUGGGAGAGAACGAGGACUGGGUGAUGGUGCACCAGGUGACCAACGAACCCGAGGCUCGCUCCCUGGAGGUGCCAGGUCUCAACCCGUACACCUUCUACAGGUUCCGCAUGCGCCAGGUGAACAUAGUGGGCACCAGUCCUCCCAGCCAACCCUCCAGGAAGAUCCAGACCCUGCCGGCUCCUCCCGACUUGGCCCCCGCCAACGUCACCCUACGCACCGCCAGCGAGACCAGCCUCUGGUUCCGAUGGAUGCCGUUGCCUGAAUGGGAGUACAACGGGAACGCGGAGCAGGUGGGCUACAGGGUCCAGUACUCGCGCGCGGGCUCGCAGGGCCGCGCGCUCAUCCACGUCAUCGGCGACCGCCUGGAGCGGGAGUUCACCAUCGAAGACCUGGAGGAGUGGACGGAGUACGAGGUCAGGGUCCAGGCCGUCAACGGCAUCGGGACGGGCCCCUGGAGUCAGCCCGUCAGGGGCCGGACCAGGGAGUCUGUGCCCUCCUGUGGACCCACCAACGUGUCGGCCUUCGCCACCACCUCGAGCAGCAUUCUGGUGCGCUGGUUUGAAGUUCCCCAGCCGGACCGAAAUGGUCUCAUUCUGGGCUACAAGGUGGGCUACAAAGAGAAGGACUCCGACAGUGCGGUUCACUUCUGGAUGGUGGACGGCAACGCCACACACAGUGUCCAGCUGACCGGUCUGGGGAAAUACGUGCUCUACGAGAUCAAGGUCCUGGCUUUCACGCGGAUUGGAGACGGACGGCCCAGUUCUCCACCCAUCCUGGAGAGGACUCUGGACGAUGUGCCCGGACCUCCAGUGGGGAUCCUGUUCCCUGAAGUACGGACCACAUCAGUCCGGCUUAUUUGGCAGUCGCCCUCGCAGCCCAAUGGCAUUAUACUUGCCUACCAGAUCACGUACCACCUCAACUCGUCCAAUAGCAACACCCCCACGGUGGACGUGCUGAUCCCCAGCGCUCGCCAGUACAUGGUGAACGGCCUCAGGCCGGAGUCCGUCUACAUGUUCCGCAUCAAAGCGCAGACGAGGAAGGGCUGGGGCGAGGCCGCGGAGGCCCUGGUGGUCACCACGGAGAAAAGAGCUCGUCCCCAGCCCACCAGCCGCCCCGUGGUUCCUCAGAAAGACGUUCAGGCCCGCCAGGUGCUGCUGUCGUGGGAGCCCGGCAGCGACGGCCUGUCCCCCGUCCGCUACUACACGGUGCAGCUCCGAGAGCUUCCCGAGAACAACUGGACGGUCCACUCGGCCUCCGUCAACCACGAGGCCAGCUCCUACAUCGUGUCGAGGCUGAAGCCCUUCACAUCCUACCAGUUCAGAGUGAAAGCCACCAACGACAUCGGGGACAGUGAGUACAGCGAGGAGAGCGAAGCCAUCACGACUCUGCAGGACGCGCCCGACGAAGCGCCCGCCAUCCUCUCCGUCACGCCGCACACAACCACGUCCGUGCUGAUUCGCUGGCAGCACCCCUCUGAGGAGAAGAUAAAUGGGAUCUUAUUGGGCUUUCGGAUUCGAUAUCGCGAGCUGCUGUACGACCGUCUCCGCGGCUACUCUCUUCACACCAUCAACAGCAUGUCCACCUGGGGCGAGCUCACUGCCCCCUACAGCAUCCAGAAUCUGAGUGAUUCCAGUCUGAACCAGCACGAGUUGGACAAGCUGAGUAAACACAAGCGCUAUGAGAUACGCAUGAGUGUGUACAACGCUGUUGGCGAGGGGCCAACCAGUACGCCUCAGGAGGUGUUUGUGGGAGAAGCAGUGCCGACGGCCCCGCCCCAGAAUGUGGCCAUUCAGUCCGCUACAGCCACCCAGCUGGACGUGACUUGGGACCCCCCUCCCGUGGAUGCACAGAAUGGAGACAUCCAGGGCUACAAGGUCUACUUCUGGGAAUUCCAGCGCAAGAACGAGACGGAGCGCCUGCGUACUCUGUUCAUGCCGGAAGGAGGGGUGAAGCUGAAGAACCUGACUGGCUACACCACCUACAUGAUCAGCGUGGCCCCCUUCAACGCAGCGGGGGACGGGCCCCGCAGCCCGCCCACGAGGGGCCGCACUCAGCAAGCCGCUCCCAGCGCUCCCAGCUUCAUCCACUUCAGUGAGCUGACCACCACCUCGGUCAACGUGUCCUGGGGCGAGCCCACCUUCCCCAACGGCAUCAUCGAGGGCUACCGUCUGGUCUACGAGCCCUGCACGCCGGUAGAGGGCGUCAGUAAGACAGUGACGGUGGAUGUGAAGGGGGGCGGCCCCCUCUGGCUGAAGCUCAGAGACCUGGCCGACGGCAUCACCUACAACUUCCGCAUCCGGGCCAAGACUUUCAUCUACGGGCCCGAAGUGGAGGCCAACAUCACCACCGGCCCGGGAGAAGGAGCCCCGGGACCCCCCGGAGAACCGUUCAUCACGCGCUACGGUUCGGCCCUGACCAUCCACUGGACCAGCGGGGACCCGGGACGUGCGCCCAUCACGCGCUACGUGAUCGAGGCCAGACCUUCAGAUGAGGGAUUGUGGGAUAUCCUCAUCAAGGACAUCCCCAAGGAAGUGACGUCACACACGUUCAACAUGGAAAUCCUGAAGCAGGGGGUCAGUUAUGACUUCCGGGUGAUCGGAGUGAACGACUACGGCUACGGAUCCCCCAGUCUACCUUCUCCUUCUAUAUCUGCCCAAAAAGUGGCGCCUUUCUACGAGGAGUGGUGGUUCCUGGUCGUGGUGGCUUUGGUGGGUCUCAUCUUCAUCCUGCUGCUGGUCUUCAUCCUCAUCAUCAGGGGCCAGAGCAAGAAGUAUGCCAAGAAGUCUGAAUCAGGGAACAACUCCAACUGCAACGCGCUGACCCACGGGGACCUGGUCAGCCUGGACGAAGGUCGCUUCCCGGCUCUGGAGCUGAACAACCGGAGGCUGUCAGUGAAGAACUCGUUCUGCCGGAAGAACGGCGUCUACACCAGGUCUCCUCCUCGGCCCAGUCCGGGCAGUCUUCACUACUCGGACGAGGACGUCAGCACAAAGUACAACGACCUGAUCCCGGCGGAGAGCAGCAGCCUGACGGAAAAACCCUCCGAAAUCUCAGACUCGCAGGGCAGCGACAGCGAGUACGAGGUGGAGCCCAACCGGCAGAAGACGCACUCCUUCGUCAACCACUACAUCAGCGACCCCACUUACUACAACUCCUGGCGGCGCCAACAGAAAGGCAUAUCCCGGGCGCAGGCCUACAGCUACACCGAGUCCGAGUCGGGCGACCCGGAUCACUGCGCCCCGCCGCCGCUGCCUCCUCUACCGCCGCUGCCGCCCCAGCUCAGUUCGCCCAGCCCACUGCUCAGUUCGCCCAGCCCCCAGCCUCAGCAAGCCCAGGGCCAGCCUCAGGGUCCACCUCAGGGCCCGCCCCAGGGCCAAGGCAGCCUGUUUAGGCCCAAAGGUAGCCGGACUCCGACCCCUUCCCAACAGAGCUCCAACCCCCCCAGCCAGCACAGCACCCUCUACAGGCCACCUAGCAGCCUCGCCCCCGGCUCGCGGGCCCCAAUCGCUGGCUUCUCCUCCUUUGUGUGAAAAAAAAAAAAGAAAAGAAAAAGAAAAUGCUGUAAAAGGACAUCAAAACUUCUGGAAAUAUCUACCCGGCUUGUGUUGAAGGAGGACACAGAAGCGCGCAGUUAACCCAUUCAAGUCAUUUACGGCUCUCAGUAACC